UAUUUUCCUUGAUUCUCAUUCCUUCCGCAACAGAAGAUCCAAAACCGAAGCCCAAAGCUGCUGGAGGACACCACAACAAGCAGGAGUGUGCGGGUUGCCUUGAAUGCGAUCCAAAGGGCUCCAUUGAUCCACAACAAAUGAGAGCACCCCUGGCUCAACCGAUUGUUUUUAUUGGUGCAAACCGCCACAUUUAUACCCAGCAACGUUGUCUGGAAGAAAAAGGAGAACAAUCCUUUCAACUGAUUGAUCGCGAAUCAAACCGUAAUAAAGACCAAUCUAUCAACAACUCAGCCACCCAUCAGCAUUUUCAGGCACUGGUACGCACGACGAGGGCGAUUGCUUGAUUGUGUUAUAGUCAAGACAAGAAAGGAAAUUCUGUUGCUUGUUGUUAUAUCCAUUGCUGCAACUGCACCCAACCAAACGCUGCCAUCAGUCCUUGAUCUGAUUGACACCCUCUGCUGGAUAGUAGUAUACAAUAGACAAGGGAGUCAAGUCACCAACAUCCGAUCAUAAAAACGACUGAUACUUCUUUCUCCCAUCUUGCCUGCAUGAAUGCCAUGAAGGAACAAAGGAGUCAGUAAAGGUCUCAUUUGUUUCACUCGCUCAUAAAACAACAAUUCAACGCAAACUCAUCAGAACAACAAGGCAAAGGAGUUCUCAAAGUACCAUUAUCAUAGCUAGUAGCACUCCCGCCUCUUAAAAGAAGAAAACAUCACCACCAUGAAGACAGUUUCCAUCCUACAGUACGAUCGUGACCAGCAUCAGUUCUACCCAUCCUUUGUCAUUCAAGAUGACCAUCAAGAUAACGACAACGAAUGUGCCUUUGACGAACUCAUCAUUCAACCGUCGCAGGAAUGGAUGGACGACUACUUGCAGUGGAAUCGCUUUGGUAGACUUCCGGAAGAUCCAACAGAGGACUUCCUCGACGAAGAAGACGACCCCACAUCCUUUUCCAUCCCCAUUUUCGAAUCGGUUCGGGACCUCCACGACUUUAACUCCCGCGGACAAGACCUAACACGACGACUCGGGGAGGAACUGGCACGGUCGGGGGCAGCAGCAUGUGCCAUUCGAGUGGCUCCCUAUCGUCCGCUCUAUUCCAACAUUCGGGUGGGGCCCGUCGCGGCAUGGUGGCACGUCAAGGACUUUAACUAUGGCUUUGUGAUACCGGUCCAACGACUGCCCAUCUCGAACCGACUCAAGGCGAGACUCCAAGCAUUUCGAUGCCACAAGGGGAUCGAGUUUUGGCAGAGCGACGACGAAAGCGACGACGAAGAUUGUCGAUUGCAACAUUUGGGGGAAGAGCGAAACGAACUCCAAGAAGAUCUGAUCCGAGAGCUUUGUCAGUACGACGAUACUGCUGUCGCUGAGAAAGGCAAAAAGGCGAAAGGUGAGAAGUGUUGUGCCACCGAGAAGACAAAGGCGGUGAAUCGAGUCGAUUCUCUUGCUAGCCUUGGCGCUCUUGUUGCGGAGUCUUGCUCGUUGGUGGUCGCAGUAUCUCCUCCUGUCGAAAGGGGAAGUUGGUUUCCUUGCACUCAGUCUCAAAGGGUCGCUUAAGCCGUCACGUUGCAGCCCGGUCCUCGCAUACAUCAUACACACUCUCGACUCUAUGUUGAUGCUUUAAAACAAGCAUUGAGUCAACACGGGCGCACCUAUCUCGAAUUCCGACAUCCAUAUUGUACAAGCAAGAACUAGAUAAACAUCCAAGGUAUAGAAUACGGGUAAAGUUAUAAUAAAGCCAUCCUACAUUCUCU